AUGUUCUCGGCUUCAUUCAGCAGGUGUUUUUCACCAGUUUGCAUGGUAGCUGGCUAUAAUAUUGUGUGUAGCCUGAACCACAAAGCAGAUGCUCAAGUGAAAAGGUCAUACGGGAAAUCCAGUCUGCUUGAACUUUACCAAGUCGCUGUCCUGAAUAGCGGUCAAUUUGUAGAAUUGGGACAACCACAGGAGUUGCUGAAUAGAGCGGGUGGGAAGUUCGCGACAUUACUGGAACUGGAGUCGUAA